CUUUAUUAGAAACGUAAAGUUGAUCGAAAACGAUUACGAAGAGUUACAUGGCUUUUCAACAUGAUGGCAGAAAAUGACUGCAAAUUGACGUUCAACUUUCUCGAACGAAAUUGAUAUUUUCAUAAGAGAUACCUCUGGAUAAACAGAACCAACAAUGGCUCGGAAUUCAGAAAAAGCAAUGACCAAGCUGGCGCGAUGGCGUCAAGCACAGAUGGAAGAAGGAAAGGUGAGAGAGAAGCGACCUUACCUGGCCACAGAAUGCGAAGACUUACACAAGGCAGAGAAAUGGAGACGUCAGAUUGUAUCGGAGGUGUCCAAGAAGGUAGCUCAGAUACAGAACGCUGGACUCGGUGAGUUCCGAGUUCGCGAUCUUAACGAUGAAAUCAACAAACUACUACGCGAAAAAAUCCACUGGGAGUCUCGGAUCGUUGAGCUUGGUGGUCCUGACUACAGGAAAAUUGGCCCCAGGAUGUUGGACAAGGAAGGAAAGGAGGUUCCAGGAAACCGAGGGUAUAAAUACUUUGGAGCGGCCAAGGAUCUACCGGGAGUGAGAGAACUCUUUGAGCAUGAACCACCACCACCUCCAAGAAAGACGAGAGCAGAAUUGAUGAAGUUUAUUGAUGCUGAUUACUAUGGUUACAGAGAUGAGGAUGAUGGAGUCUUGGUACCUCUUGAGGUGGAACAUGAAAAAGAAAUUAUUGCAGCAGCAGUAAGUGAAUGGAGGUCUAAGAAGGAGGCAGGGUUACUAAGCGAGGAAAUCACCAAGGACCAAGAAGCAGAAGAGGACAUAUACGCCAUCCAGCAAGACCCAGUGUCUGAUGAUGAUGAGGAAGCUGAGGAGAUGGAUGCAGAGGAGGGCCAGCCUCGGUAUGUCGCCCACGUACCAGUACCAUCACAAAAAGAGGUCGAAGAGGCGUUGUUGAGAAGGAAAAAGAUGGAGCUUUUAGAAAAAUACGCCAGUGAAACGUUAAUACAACAAGGGAAUGAAGCUAAGACGUUAAUGGGAAUUUAGCAGAACUUUAUCUUACCAUGGUAAAACUUGUGGGGUUGGAAAGAGCAGGCUCAUUUAAAAUAUUUUGUUUUUCAGUAAAGGUAAAAUAUUGUUUGAAAAGGUUGGCACAGUAAAUGAUCAAGUUCCUACGACAUACCAUGACAUUGUAUAUUUAAAACGUUUCUAGUAGUUUUUUGGUGAAGUUAUUUUCUGGCUCACAAAAAAAAAACCCGUUCUGGGUUAUUGAUAUUUGUAUCAACAAUUUACCCUGUUGUUUUUAUUUCCUUUCAUCAAUGAACACUCUUUAGGAGUUUGCUCAACCCAUCGCUGAUUCAGUACUAAAAAGUUGUUUUAUUGCGUCGGGACAAGUGUGAGCCAAAUUUACAUGAUGCAAAACGAGUAAAACAAAAAGAUUCUGUUUUUCACUGUUUUAUUAAUAUUUAUUUUGUUGGCGAUUGAAACGAGAAAUCAUCCGAUUUCAAAAUUUGUUUGAUUACCAGUUGGGGUUUUAGUAGACUUGUGGACAAGUCGUUAAAUCGGCCCACGC